CAUGUCGUUGAGCUCAGCUAAACUUCUCUGAGUGCCAGUAACUAAACCCAGCCCAACUCUAUUCCUAGUAACUUCUGCUCCUUGAAAAAGAACAUAAAGUUGAAGAGGAGCUGAAGUGAAAGCCAGCUUGCAACAGAAUUGGACUUUGGACAGUCCCAGAAGAGGGAAAGUCCAAAGGACUGAUCUGGGUCCAGGUGCCAGCAAAGGUUCAUCAGAUCAGUCGUUUUUGCCUAUGGCCACAUUUCCUAAGUUCAUGACCCGUGAGCUGCCCUGUUUCUCAUGCAGCAGCUCCAUCUGCUGUGCAAACGCAAAGGUGGACUUUGCACCGGGACUACAUUUACAGAAAAAGUAAAACGACUUGAAUAUUUUGAAACAUUUCUGGAAAAACUCCAAACGCUUACCUAGUCAGUCCUCCUGCAUGAAUGGAUCCAGCCUUUAUCUACCUUUAUAAACCAACUAUCCACAACGAAAAUAUGAGAGGAAGUAACAAUCAUGUGAGUGUCACAGUCCUUCAUUCUUGCUCAAGUGUCCACAAACUACAACUUGUUUACAGUGAUUCUUAGUUACUUACAAGAGGUUUAUUUCAAUUGCACAAACAUAAAUUUAAGAUUAUUAUUUUGAAGAUCAACUCAGUUCUUAAAAACAAGACUUCUGUUUCUUUUCUGCUGUAUAGGGCUUUGAGGAGUCAGAUUUUCCAGAUUUUUUGCAUUCCUUUACCAGGAGCACUAUGAAGAUUUCUGUCCAUAACAGAACAAUUGUGGCAAGACCCACAGCUUGCAAAUUUGACCAGACCCGCUCUGAAUCUUGUACAGCUUAGUGAUUCUUGGUUUGUUUACAAAUGUUCUGACCCAACAAAAGUCUAUUAGCUUGGAGGUUGUACCUCCAGUUUGGUACUUGCUGGAACUGCUGAACCUUCCAGCAACCUCCUUUUCUGGGCAGCAUUGCACGAGCAAUUCAGUCAUGAGGCAGCUCCAGAGCUCUGGCUCCUGGGAAUCACAGGACACACUGCCGGAGCGCCUGAGUCACCUCGGUUAUUCAUUGCACUCCGUAUCUCAGUCCUUGAUGCAAUACCUCGGGGAGUGUGUAUCCCAGUCAGUUUAUUUUCCAUCGGUGUCAUUAGCUUCCUUGUUCCUCAGAUUUUAGGGUGUGCUUAUUUACACUCUUUUCUCCACUCUUACGGAUACCUGUACUUUUAAAUUAUGAUAAAGUGCAGCACGAGAUUCUCACAGUUUCACCGCCCGGGCCUCGCUGCCCGGAGCUCUGUGGGGGCCGGUGCCGCAGCCCCGCGCGCCCUCCGCGAGCAGCAGGCCACAGGCUCCUGCAAUGUCCUGGAGGGCGAGGUGAAAGAAAGAAUAACCGCACACUCUUGCCUCUUGGGGUUUAUAUUAUGCCUAUUCAUGAUUUUAACAAAAUAGUAUCGGAGACUUGUUUCAGACUAGAAUUACAGCUUUUAUGGAAAACUCUUUCUGAAUCUACGCGUGAGGGCGGCGCUACUGCGCAUUUACAGACAUCUGGAGGAAGAGUUCCUCAAUACAAGGCAAUUGUGGAUUAUAAUUAUAUUCCUCGAGCAUAAGGAUCAAUACUGGAAACGCUAGAGAAAAGUGACAACAGAUAUUUCAUACUGAUCACCGAUGAAGUCGGUCCUCCGUACCAAAUGAGGACGCAGCCCUUCGGCGAGCGCUGCACAGGAAGCGUGGGCCCCGCCCGGGCCGUGGGCAGCGCUCAGGCAGCACGCAGGGGCUGCCGCGAGACUCGAUUGCGCAGCACCGCGUACGGCUGGCCCUCUUCGUAAUGGUUAAGAAAACUAAAACAAAAAAGGAAAAAAGCCGAAGCAUUGGGGGCUUAUGCGUGAAGGCGCGCGCAGGCUCUAUGGAGAAUGUGCAAAGAUUCCAACAGGUGGCUCCGUGGCGCAAUGGAUAGCGCAUUGGACUUCUAGAGGGUUGAAGGGAUUCAAAGGUUCCGGGUUCGAGUCCCGGCGGAGUCGUGUGUUCUCUUUUCCUGUUUUACUUUUUUUUUAUAAAUUUCCCCCGCCCCCCACGCCUUUUGGGCGGAAAUCUUUCCCCCGCACUCCCCCGUCCCUUUACCUCACCGCCGCAGGUAUCCGGUACGCCGGCCUGGCCCUUUCCCGUCAGCGACGCUCCCCGGGCCCGCCUCCCGCCGUGCCUGGCGGUCUGGAGAACGCUGGAAGCGGGCGGCGAAAGUCGCCCCCGACAGAACCCGCCGCGUCCGCUCUGCCCGGUGAAGCUUCCUCACCGCCAGCGAGAACGCGGAGCAGGACAAGGCCCUGCUCUCCUCCUCCGGCCCCGCCGCCCUCAGGCAGCGGGAGAAGGGCUCUGCUCUCCUUUCCCGGCCGUGCCGCCCUCACGCAGCGGGAGAAGGGCUCUGCUCUCCUUUCCCGGCCGUGCCGCCCUCAGGCAGCGGGAGAAGGGCUCUGCUCUCCUGUCCCGGCACCCUCAGGCAGCAGAAGGGCUCUGCGCUCCCGCUCGCCCGGCCCGAGCCCCGCCAGAGCGGUCAGAACCGAGAACCAGCCCCGUGGGGCCGCUACGCUUCCAGGACAGUCUGCGGAAAAUAAUUUUACAUGAAAAAAACAAGAUUUUGUCUUUCCUGGAGGUACUUCAGUUACAAGGGGUCACCGUGAUACAUUUCUGGUUACUUUCAAGUAAUGAAGCAAGCCCACAAACCAGCAGACAAAACACCGGAAUUAACAUCAUCUUUUCCAACUUACCAACAGAUAGAAGAUGAACAACUAUUUUAAUUACAGCAAACAAAAUAGGUGGUAAAACAAAACAGUAGAAGCAAUAAACAAACCACCUUGAUUUUGCUCAGAAUGGAAUAAAUCUGAUUCAUUUUUCCUGAAUUAUUAAAUUUGUGAGUUUUCUUG